UCGAGAUGAAGGCGGCUGUGGGCCCAGACCCUUCCCUGGUCUACCGGCCUGAUGUGGACCCAGAGGUAGCCAAAGACAAGGGCAACUUCCGGAACUACAGGUCUGGCCCGCUCCUGGACCGUGUCUUUGCCACGUAUAAGCUCAUGCACACUCAGCAAACCGUGGACUUCGUCAGGAAGAAGCACGCCCAGUUUGGGGCCUUCUCCUACAAGAAAAUGACUGUCUUGGAAGCUGUGGACAUGCUGGACGGGCUGAUGGAUGAGUCGGACCCAGACGUGGACUUCCCCAACUCCUUCCAUGCCUUCCAGACUGCUGAGGGCAUCCGGAAAGCCCACCCCGACAAGGACUGGUUCCACCUCGUGGGGCUGCUGCAUGACUUGGGGAAGGUCCUGGUUCUGGCAGGGGAGCCCCAGUGGGCGGUAGUUGGAGACACCUUCCCAGUCGGCUGCCGUCCCCAGGCCUCUGUGGUUUUCUGCGAUUCCACCUUCCAGGACAACCCGGACCUCCAGGAUCCCCUAUACAGCACGGAGCUCGGCAUGUACCAGCCUCACUGCGGCCUGGAGCACGUCCUCAUGUCCUGGGGCCAUGACGAGUACAUGUAUCAGAUGAUGAAGUUCAACAAAUUCUCUCUUCCCCAAGAGGCCUUCUACAUCAUCCGGUUCCACUCCUUCUACCCCUGGCAUACGGGCGGCGACUACCGGCAGCUGUGCAGUGAGCGGGACCUGGCCAUGCUUCCCUGGGUGCAGGAGUUUAACAAAUUUGACCUCUACACCAAGAGCCCGGAACUGCCGGAUGUGGACACGCUGCGGCCCUACUACCAGGGCCUCAUUGACAAGUACUGCCCUGGGGUGCUGAGCUGGUGA